GAAAUUGCGUGUAAAGGCACAGGCGCACAGCGUGACCACACCAGUCAUGACUGUGAUUCCGCAUCCCACUUCCCCAUCGAGUAUAAGAAAAGGGAAGUCCCCUGCUCGCUCCGGCAGCUCCAACUCGAUCUCUUCCUCGGGCGCGAAACCGAAAUCGAGAGCGCGCGCGAAUCGCGAAAUCGAGGGGAUACAAGCACGCAGAACGCAAAGAGUCAGGUGGGAGAGAAGAGGUCGGCCGCCUUGGUGCCAUGGGGAUGCUGUCGCUGAAUCGCAUCUUGUUAAAGCAGGAGCGGAGGCGACGCCUUCGGCGAAUCCAAGCCCACAAUGAAUUGAUUACUAAAGUGCCAGAUAAAAAGGACUCACUCUGCCAACAAGAUGAUCAGUCACAGGGUGGUGAUAGGUCGACAUCUUCAGGGCCGAAUCUACCUGAGGAUAUCUGGUGCCUUGUACAUUCCCUAAUGCCAUUGUGUGAUUCUGCUCACUCUGCCUGUGUGUCUCGCACAUUUCUACGUUCUUGGAGAUGCCACCCCAAGCUUAUCUUCAGUGAGGAAGCACUAGGUUUGAAACAGAAGGAAGGACGAAAUAUCAAUAUAGCAUGGGAUUUCACUAGCAGAGUUAAUCAAAUUCUGAAAAAUCACUCAGACACCGGUGUGAAGAUACUCGAGUUUGUAAUCAAUAAUCGUCACAAUGUCAACACAUGUCAGCUAAAUAGUUGGCUCCAGAAAGCUGUCACACCAGGGAUUGAAAAAAUCACCCUUUUUCUGCCUAUGGAAUAUAGGGAAGAGUACAACUUCCCGUGCUCAGUUUUAUUUGAUGGGCGUGGAAACUCAAUUUGGUAUCUUAACCUCACCAAUUGCGCCUUCCGUCCCGUGGCUGGAUUUGAUUGCUUGAGAAGCCUGACCUAUGUUUUUAAGGCGGUAAAGCGUCAUAAGGCAGAGUUUCACCUUAAUUGUGAGUUUACUGUUCACGCUUCAAAGGUGUCUAGUAUCUGCUGCGGAGACAUUUAAUUUGGCUGGCAAUAAUAUUUGAUGCUAUGCAGGUAGAUCAGAGUGAUAUGCAGCAUGAUUCGGUUUUUGGGAAUCCCUCCUUGUUUUUGAGGCAGAUUCUUCAACACAAGCAUGAGAGGCUCAAGAAGGUGCAGAUCAUUGGCUUCUGCUCUGCAAAGAGCAUGGUUGAGCUAACAUGUGAUAUUCUCAAGAAUGCAACAUCACUUGAGAGCCUCACUCUGGACUGUGUAUUUGGUGCGGGUACGGGGGCCAUUAGUGAUUCUGUUAGGUGUGGUCCCUCAAAAUCCGAUAAAUGCUGGAUCAGAAGCCGAACUAUGAUCUUGGAAGCACAUAAAGCACUCGGUGCCAUCAAAACGUACAUCCUGGAGAGAGUUCCCCCUGCAGUCAAGUUAAAUGUUGGGGGGCCUUGUAGCCGGUGCCAAGCUAUGGAUGUGAUGCUUUAGUUUUUAAUGUUGCAGAUGCUGUCAUCGUCAUUGUUCAGUAUUGUUUAUAGCUAGUAUAUGCAACGCCAAAUGUGUUGUCAAAGUUUUUCUAUGCUAUGCACCUUAUUGGCGUCUCUUAACACUGCAAGUUGAUUGUUACUCCACCUAAAUUAGAGCCCAGGCCAGCUAUGCAAAUACAUUUUGGCGUGUUUGGUUCUAAAGUAUUUUUAAGUAUUCCAAGAAUACCAAA